AUGACUCCAACGAAUGGAAUUGACGAAUCCAGCAGGUCUGCUGCGGCCGACGACGACGGCACGGAUCAGAUCGGCUCAGACACUCCCCGCUCCGGUGUGGCUACACCGCAACCGGACCUCCACGACAAACGUUUGCCAGGCAUCAUGAGCUACUUCAAUCAGGUUCGUCCUGCAUCUUUUAAACGCCUGCUCUCAGGCAACUUCACUCUACCCUCGAGACCUUCCUCUGCCUUUUCCAACACCCCCAGCACUGCCAGCACUGCCAGCACUGCCAGCACAAGCACUGCCAAUUUUGCAAUUCCUGCAACCACCCCCAACACUACCUCCACACCUGCAUCUGCCUAUGCGCCGAAAGCCGCCGAAGAUGUCUUGCCGAGCAUGACGCCGUCACAAACACAGCCGCAACGACCACCAUCGCCGACGGCAAAUCUGCCACAACCAGAGGAUUCGAUUACAAUUUCAAUAGUGACAGCAGCACCGUCCGAGUCUCGGCCACGGCCAUCACUUUCCAAGACCGCCAGCGCCAGUUACUCCCGCAAUACCGAGACAUCCCCCUUAAUACCGGCCGACGCCAUGACACAGCAACAUUCGAAAACCGGACUUGAAGAGAGCCAGAGCAAGAGCCACAGCGAAAGCUGGCAACUUGACGAACCGCAUCCAGAACCGUUGCCAAAUCCGCCGCCAUUACAGCAACCACAGCCGCCACGAGAACAAACGGCGCCCACCGGAGACGAGUCUCUGCCUUCAGAAAGCUUAGCAGCAGCCGCACAUUCAUCGUUGCACCCAUAUCCGACACCGCCAGCGUCCAUACGAGGCGCAGUCGGGACUGGAAGCGGUGGUAGCGGGGGAGGAGCGGCAGGGGUAGCAAAGGAAGGCACAGAAGCAGUCUCUACCAAAAACGGCGCCGGGGCACUGGGUGCUGCGGGCAGCACCAUUUCCAAUCCGUGGGACGUCCCGUGGACUUUUCGUAGCCACAAGAAAAGCGUGUCCGAUGUGCUCGAGGCGCGUGGCCGGCAGGAGUCUUCGUCGUCUACUACACCUUUGACCGGCGUUGUCACACCGUCCAGCGGUCCGCGUGCCUCCACGGCGCCGGAUACGCCAGCGGCUGUUGGAUCGCCAGUGGCCGACGCGUCUGCGCCCGCUGCUGUCUUGCGUUCCGCGUCUUCUCACGCUACCGAGUCUCAAGCCAGCCCGGCGCCCACGUCUGUCAACGAGAGUACAGCAACAACCAUGAGCCGAGAUGGUGACGAUAGCAGCCGGAGCCGCGCCGCCUCUAUUACUCCGACCUCGCAAGGUGCCCAAGCACCCGCACCCAAGGGCAAGCUCACAAUUAAAAUCACUGAGGCACGGGGUCUUCGGCGGACACGCGACCCGUAUGUUGUUGCUGUGUUCCAGCGCAGCGAGCUGAUUUCUGGCGGCCCCCGCUCCCCCGAUGACGGCGAGGACGCGGUGCUCCCCGGUGUGGCGAUUAGUAGCAUCCCCAUCCAGCGCCAAGCAAGCGAUAGUGGCCGCCCCAUGGCGAUUCCUAUGCGGAGCCGGCAGAGCAGCAACACAAGCAUCACAGACUAUGGCGCUUUCCGAAACCGUACCGUGCGGCGGUCGCUCACAAACCCCAAAUGGGACGCAGAAGCUGUUUUGUAG